AUGUAUUAUCCGCAAGGUCCCCCUCCAGGACAAGGGCCCCAAUGGGGAGGGUAUCAACAACCCCCCCAAUGGCAGCCUCAGCCCUAUCCUCAGCCCUACGGGUAUCAUCGACCCCAAUCAUCUUAUUCGGCUCCUAGUCAUUCCCCCUAUCCAUCACCUUAUCCUCCUCAACAUCCUUAUCCCCAAUAUCCUCAUUCUCCUACCCCAUAUGGUCACACUCCAUCUCCUCGUCCUCCCUCUCACCACCAUACUCUGAGCGCCCCUCAGAAUGGAUUUCCGCGUGCAAAUUCCCCGAAUCUGCCCCCAACCCCACCACAGAACUUUCAGCAAUUCGGGGGAGGUGCUCCCUCAAACUACAAGUUCCAGUACUCGGCCUGUACCGGUCGGCGCAAGGCGUUGUUGAUCGGGAUCAACUAUGCAGGACAGCCCAAUGCACUCCGAGGCUGUAUCAACGAUGUCACUAACAUGUCCAACUUCCUGACGCAAAGAUUCGGCUACAAGCGAGAGGACAUGGUCAUUCUCACCGACGACCAACGGAACCCAAUGAGCCUCCCCACCAAGGCCAACAUUCUCCGUGCCAUGCAGUGGCUCGUCAAGGAUGCCCAACCUAACGAUUCCUUGUUCAUUCACUUCUCUGGUCACGGAGGUCGUACUCCCGAUCUGGAUGGAGACGAGGACGAUGGGUUUGACGAUGUCAUCUACCCACUCGACUACCGCGUCGCCGGUCACAUUGUCGACGAUGAUAUGCAUGCCAUCAUGGUGCGUCCACUGCGGCCGGGAGUGCGAUUGACGGCGAUCUUCGAUUCGUGUCACUCGGGCACCGCCUUGGAUCUGCCAUACGUGUACUCGACGCAGGGUGUUCUCAAGGAGCCCAACCUGGCCAAGGAGGCAGCUCUGGACUUGUUCAGUGCCUUUAAUUCGUAUGGACAGGGUGAUCUUUCCAGCGUCGCCUCCACGGCGAUCGGAUUCUUCAAAAAGGCAGCCAACGGCGGAUCGGCCCGUGAACGCACCAUUAUGACCAAGACCUCUCCGGCCGACGUGGUGAUGUUUUCAGGGUCCAAGGAUACCCAGACCUCGGCUGAUACGUUCCAAGACGGACAAGCGCGUGGUGCGUUGAGUUGGGCUUUUAUCAAAUCCCUGCAACAGUGGCCCCAGCAGAGCUACCUGCAGUUAUUAAAUACGAUCCGAAAUGAGCUCGAGGGCAAAUACUCCCAGAAGCCGCAACUGAGCUGCAGCCAUCCCCUUGAUGUCAAUCUCCGGUUUGUGAUGUAA